AUGAUAAAAGGGAAAAAUGGGGGAAGACUAAUCGAUAAUCGAUAUUUGUCAACCGAAUCGAAAUUCAGCCACGCCUGUACAUUUAAAAAAGGAAUCGUUAAGGUCGUGGCAAUAGAUGAAUGGCAAAGAAGGAAAAAGAAAGAAAAAAUUGAAUAG